AUGACAAAGAAGCAAGUUUUAUUUGUUGGAGAUUUAAAUAAAUCAUUACCAGAAUACCAAGAGUUUCAUAAAAAGUAUGAUUGUAUAGAUUAUAAAAUCACAUCAAGGGAUCAAUUAUUGGGAAAUUUAAAAUCAGAAUUCAAAGAUAUUCAUGCAAUUUAUGCUGCAUGGUUGGGUUUCAUACCAAUUGGGGGAUUCCGUACUGUUUUAAAAGGUUAUAAACCAAAGAAUUUAAAAAUUCUUUCAUUAUGUUCAGUGGGAUAUGAUCAUUUAGAUGGUGAAGAAUUGGCGAAACAAGAUAUAAUUUUAACUAAUGUACCAAGUGAUGGUGCUGCAUUACCUGUUGCUGACUUAGUUUUAUUUUUAACAAUAACAAGUUUUAGACAAUUUCAAAUAUAUGCUAAACAAUUAACAAAAAUAUCAGAUACUAUUCAAUUGAGAUAUAAAUUAGCUAAUGAACCAUAUAAUAGUGAGAAAGGACAAGCUCACUUAACAAAAAGAGGGGCUGGUUAUCAUUUUGGUGAAUAUAUAAAUAAAAGAUCCAAUUUGAACCCUAAUGGUCAUAAUGUAGUCAUAAUUGGAUUUGGGCAAAUUGGGAAAUUAAUAGGGAAGAAACUACAUCAACUAGGUAUGAAUGUGACAUAUGUUAAAAGAAAUAAGUUAGCAAAAGAAGAAGAAGUCAAAUUGGGUUAUAAAGCUCAAUACGCAUCAUCAAUAAAUGAAGCAAUAACUCAAAACCGUAUAGAUUUAAUAGUGAUAGCUUGUCCACAAACCCCACAAACAUACCAUUUAAUAAAUGAAGAAGUAAUAACCCAAAUACCAAAUCCAUUCAGAAUCAUUAAUAUAGGAAGAGGUGCAAUAAUUGAUGAAACAGCAUUACUCAAUGGUUUAAAAAGUGGGAAAAUUUUAUUUGCAGGAUUAGACGUAUUUGAAAAUGAACCACAUAUAAACCCCGAGUUAAUUGAAAGAGAUGAUGUUUAUUUAACUCCUCAUAUUGGAGCUUCAACUGUUGAGAAUUUUGAUUAUACUGCUGUACAAGCUUUGAAAAAUAUUGAUUUGGUAUUAAGUGAUAAAGAAGCUAUUAAUAAAGUUAAUUAA